ACGCAACAGCAGAGGCAUAUCAGUUGAUUCAGAAUGGAUUUUUUUCACCCAGAGGACGAUGAGAGCUUAUCUUGCCCUAUUUGUCGUGAUGUAUUUAAAGACUCUAUUGUCUUGACAUGCAGCCAUAGCUUUUGUCAAGUCUGUAUCGAGCAAUGGUGGACAGCUAGUGAGGAGGAGCAGGGCAAGAAGUGUCCUAUUUGCAUAAGGUCUCCAUCGAGAAAAGAGCCAAUCCAAAACCUGGCCCUGAAGAACGCUGCGAAAGUCCUGGAGCGGUGGAAGGAGAAGAGAAAACCGAGUGAGGAGGAGAAAGAGGAGGUCUGUAGCUUGCACGGUGAGAAUCUACAGCUCUUCUGUCUUCGUGACUUUGAACCGGUGUGUUUGGUGUGCCGAGACGCCAAAGCCCAUGAGUACCAUCCCUUUAGACCCGUCACAGAGGCCGUUGAGAGCCUGCGAGUUAGCCUGGAGGAAGACCUGACGCAGUUGACAAACAAGUUAGACCGCUUUCAAAAGUUUCAAGAGAAUGGAGAGCUUUGUUUGCGUCAUAUUAAACGCCAGUCAGCACAUGCAAAGAAGAUUAUCCAGGAUGAGUUUAAGAACUUUCAUGAGUUUCUGAUGCAGGAAGAGGAGACUCGGAUCAAGGCUCUGAGGGAGGAAGAGGAGCAGAAGACUCAGAGGAUAAAGGACAAGAUGGAGGCUGUAAACAGAGAGAUAGAAGCUCUGACAAAAACCAUCAAAGCCACAGAAGAGCAGCUGGGAGACGCAGAUGUCUCCUUCCUGCUCAAAUACAAGGCUGCAGUGGCAAGAGUGCAGCGCUAUCCCUUGGUGGAGGAACCACAGGUCGGUCCAGGAGCUCUGAUAGACCAGGCCAAACAUCUGGGCAACCUGGCCUUCAAUAUCUGGAGCAGCAUGAAGACGAUGGUGCACUACUCUCCUGUCAUACUAGACCCCAACACUGCACACCCAGAACUGGUCCUGUCUGAUGAUCUGACCAGCUUUGCUCUGGGGGAGGAGCAGAAACUUCCAAAAAACCCAGAAAGAAUUCGGAUGGACAUUGAAAUAGUACGUGGUUCUGUCGGGUUGGACUCUGGAUCUCACAGCUGGGAUGUGUAUGUGGGGGAAUGCACAAACUGGGAACUUGGCGUGGUAACAGAGUCCGCCUACUGCAUCCUGGACUUUAAGGAAGUAAAGAAGGACAAUGGCUGGUGGUCUGUGUCGUACAAAGAUGGAGACUACACGACGUUCACCGCACACAAGAGGGAAGUGGCUCCUUUGAAGGUCCAAAUGUGCCCACACAGGAUCAGACUCCACCUCGAAUGUGACAAGCGCAAACUCACUUUUUACGACGCUGACAACAACAAAGUCAUUCACGCCUUUGUACAUAUUCACGAACAGAAACUUUUCCCAGUUUUUGUGAGCGGCAGGGAUGAGCAAAUGACGAUCUUGCCUAAAAAGAUUCUGGACAAGUUAUUUGAAUAGUGAACUUUGAAAAGCAAGAAAGGAAUAGGAUUAGCCACUGGGCAUUGUACAAAGAUCAUAUAGGACUAUUUUGCUGACCACUCCACCAUAUGUAAGUAUUAGAGUGUGGUCAGAAAGGAGUUAGUUGGUUCACAAUUUUGUUAAAAUGAAUCUAUAUUUUAAAAGGCAAUUCCUCACUGGGCAUUGAGUUACAUGCUGCACUCCAGAUGUGCUCAGAGGUCCGAGUUUUGGCGAUGGAUUUAUAAUAAGAUUUGGAGGAUGAACCCAAGAUGGCGUCGUAUUGUUUUCAGUGGCCUGUGCUCAUUGGUGCAUGUGACUAAAAAUAUUUUUUCUUCUGUAUUAUUUGCGUAAUAGGGGCUUCCUCCAUUCACUCGUGUGACGACAGAAACGGCCACAAUGAUCAGUUUUCAGUUUUGACCAAUCAGAGCGAUGGCGGCUAGAGCAAAGCAAGCGCAGGCUCAUGGUGGGGCUUGGCUAACUCUUACAAAGCUAACUUUUUGGCGCUUUGAGGAUUAUAUAUAAAGUUAUGUUACUGUCCCUGUGGUCUAUGGGAGAAUGCUUUCUGGGUCCAGUUUCUAUAGAGCAGACACUAAUCAAUCUCAGGUCACUCAUCGAGCUUGCAUCUGAAGCUAAUGUCAACAAAAACUCUCUCUCUCUCACUCUCAAACAUUGGUUUAUAAAUGUGCUUAAUUUGACUGAUGUGAGCACUUGUCUAGUAGACCUCCAUCAUCAGAGGUAUAAUACUCCCUACAACGGAAGCAAAGCCAGACUGGACGGCGCUAGACUGGAAUGGGCACUGAUGAACA